UAGACAGUAUAAAGGUAGUACAGUGCUCAGGACGGGGCAGUCUGCGUUCACGUCUCAGUUUCCAGUCGGAACUAUUUUGGUGCCGCACGGCUGCAGCUGCAGCAUCACAGCUGCAUCCGGUUGAACUCUUUCUCAGAAUUUGCAGUUUUUUUUGCGGUUUUUCUUCACUAAACUUCCUCCCAAAAUGACUUGACACCGCAACGUAACUACAGUGUAGAAUUUUAUGAAUUUUUCCAAUGAUAAUUCGUUUUUUAUUUUUAAUUUUUAAGUAAGUUAGCAACAAUAAUUGGCAGGUGUAAACAGAGCUAAUGCCAAAAUUAGCUAAACACAACUAAGUGUUUAGUUUAUUUAAGAAGUCAUGGACUUGACAUUAAUACAGGAGUGAUAACAGGCAGUUUAACUUAAUUUAAGCACAGAGUGAACCAUGGUGCCGUUAAAGAGGAGGAAACUGGUGUCCUCUGCUGCUACUGGGAGGACUGGCACUGACUCUAAUGAUAAAGCACCAACUAAGUUCCCUCUGGUGGUUUUGUUCCUGUUGGAGAGAAAAAUGGGAGCCAGCAGAAGAGCUUUUCUGUCUCAGCUCGGCCGACAGAAAGGCUUCCAGGUUGAGGAGUCUUUCAGUGAGAGCAUCACACAUGUUGUUUCUGAAAACAACUCCGGUGACGAAGUCCAGUCGUGGAUCGACUCGCAGGUCAAAGGUCAAAGACGAACGUCUGCUCACCUGCUGGACGUCAGCUGGUACACAGAGAGCAUGAGGGCGGGACUUCCUGUCCAAAUUCUGGACAGACACAAACUGCAGCAGGUUGAUGCAGCGGAGGUCGCUGUGUUUUCUGUCCCGAGCUUCGCCUGUCAGAGGAGAACCACGCUGGAGAACCACAACGCCGUCCUCACCGACGCUUUGUCUCUGCUGGCUGAAAACGCCGAGCUCAGUGACGAGGAAGGACGAGGCGUGGCGUUCCGACGGGCCGCCGCCGUGCUGAAGGCGCUCCCCGAACCGGUGACGGACACGACGCAGCUCAGAGGACUCCCCUGUCUCGGAGCACAUUCACUCAGAGUCAUCAAGGAAAUUUUGGAGAACGGAGAAUCAAGUGAAGUCGAAUCAACAAAACAGUCUGAGCGGUUUAAAGCUCUGAAGGUUUUAACGGGUAUUUUUGGAGUGGGAGUGAAAACAGCCGAUCGCUGGAUCAGAGACGGGAUCCUGGACCUGCAGCAGCUGCAGGACUCACAACAAACACUCAAUAGAGCUCAGCAGGCAGGUCUGGAGCACUAUGAGGACCUGAACCAGCCGGUCAGCAGGCCGGAGGCCGACAGCAUCGCAUCGAUCGUGGAGGAGGCGGUCCGCUCGGUGCUGCCAGGAGCUCAGGUUUCUCUGAUCGGAGGAUUCAGGAGAGGAAAACAGACGGGCCAUGAUGUGGACUUCCUGAUCACUCACCCCGAGGAGGGCAGAGAGGUGGGCCUGAUGCCCAGAGUGGUCGCCUGGCUGGAAUCACAGGGUUUCUUGUUGUACCAGAAAACCAGCAGAAACUCUUACCUGGAGUCUAAGGACGGUCCUGCUCGGCCGUCCUCCAACAUGGACCGCUUCGAGAGAUGUCUCUCCAUCUUUAAACUGUCUGAGGAGCAGCAGCAUACAGAGAACACAGCUGAACCUUCACAGGUUAAAGACGAAGAACUGGAUCAGAAUAAAUCGUGGCGAGCUGUGAGGGUCGACCUCGUCGUCUCUCCCAUCAGCCAGUUUGCUUUUGCUCUGCUGGGCUGGACCGGAUCCAAGCUUUUUGAGAGAGAGCUGAGACGCUGGGCGGGACACGAGAAGUCCAUGUCUCUGAGCAGCCACGCUCUGUAUGACAACAAGCAGGGUAAAUAUCUGCGAGCGACAUCAGAGGAGGAGAUAUUUGCUCAUCUUGGUCUGGAGUUUAUUCCUCCAUCAGAGAGAAACGCCUGAAUGGACCUGAUGCUCCUACAGGAGGAACAAGCAAGGACCAGGAGAGGGUUUCAACCUGCAGACAGAAGAGACAACGCUGCCUCAGCCCUGAAACACUCCUGCAAGAAGGCUGCACUGGUACAGGAAUAUUAAGUAACAAAUCCAUGAUUUUUAAGGUUCAUUAGACACCAAAACACUGUCAGUUUAUAGUAUAAUGAGAUACAUUUUUACAACUCUGGAAAGUUAUAAGCAAUUGUUUGCAAUCUUUGUCGCAAAAAUUGCAAUUUUAACUGCAUAAAUAAGAAUCAGAAUCCAGUUAAUUAAGGGGGUUUUCACAUGCAUGAAAUUUGCCUCAGUGUCUUACUACAGUAGUUCUCAACCUUUUUGAGUCGCGACCCCCAAUUUAACAUGCAUGUUGUCUCACUGAACAGAAUCUCAAACGCACAGUUCAGAUCAUACAAACUCAAUUGAUACGAGGAAUUUUGGACAAAUAAUGAAGCAGUCAACAACUAAAACAUCUCUCUGUCUGUGCAUUUAUAUAUAUUUUUAUAUUUAAUUGUUACUUUUAACAAAAU